GCAAUUAUUAAAUGAAUAAAUGAAAAGUUGAAGACGUACACAAACGUAACAUAAUGCAAUCAACAUAUUUCACAAUGACAAAAUGGACGACGGUUAAUAUGGAUACUUUUGCGGCUUGGUACAACGCAUAUAAAUGACAACGAAGGAAUGAAAACUCAACAUGUAUUUUGUUAUUGCUGUAUUUAUAAUUGCUAAUACUGGAGCUGUCGGAGCUCACUUAUGUUCUGCAAUAACCAACAUUGACUGUAGGCACCCUAGCUUAAAUGCAAGAGUGUGUUUCUGCAGAUGUUUGGAUGCUAAAAUCAACAGAGAAUAUUUGGAAGUUACAUUCUCACCUUGUGAAAAACUUUUGCAAAAAUGCCAUUUCUAUAGAUUAGGGUUUGAGAUUUCGUUUCAAGAUGAAGAGGAACAUUUCAUCGGCAGUACAGAAGUCUACAUAAAUCAUAAAAUGGGAAACAGAUCUGAGAUAUUUCCUUUGUACGAGUUGACAGAUUCACUUAAACAUAAACUGAAAUUGGACAAACGGUAUACAAUAUCGAUUCAACCAAGAUGUACAAGUUGUGAUGAUUUCUGUGAAUUCCUGCAGGAUAUGGAAAUACCACCGGCUGUCGUAACAAGUUCAAUAAGUAUAGAAAAGGUCGAGACAAGCAAAUGGUUGUAUGUUGCAGUUGUUAUGAGCGUAUUUGUUGUGAUAAUGGUUGCAGUUGGUGCUUUGAUUUUGGUCUGCAGACAUCAGAAGACUCAUCAAGAAUCACCACUGAACAACAGAAAUAUCCAGUAUUCAAAUGUAGGAAAAGACGUUGAAAAAAAUCCAUCAAUAUUUUCAGUGGACCAAAACGACAUGCCCUUUUCCAGGCAAAUUCACAUAAAUUUAGAGCAAGGAAAACCGGAAAGCAACUUGCACAAAUCAACGAAGACCAUCAAUAUCAUAUCAUUAAACACCGACAAGACAUUUAUAGAGGAGUUAUCAACAUUCAUACCUACCACCGUUUUCAAGUAUAAAAUAUUAGAUCCUGCAGACAUUGUCGUGGAAACUCCAACCGGAUACUCAUUUAAAGAACAAAUGCUAGAAAAUAGAAUAAACCUAGUCGUCCUUAACAACAGUGUAGUAAGAGAUUUGUUAGGAAAUAGCGAUACUAAUGGACCGAUCACAAAUGUAUGGUUAACUUUGAUAAACAGGAUAACCACCGAAAAAUAUCUCUAUCUUCCAACAUAUUUUAUGUCGUUCGAAGAUGAUUUCGAAUUAUUCAUUAUUAAUUUUGACACUUUCAAUAUUUUCAAGAGCAUUUCACAGAAGUUUGUUGAUCUUUCUGGUACAUGGAAAGAAAGGGUUAAUAAAUUUAAUAACUUUUUAAAUCGGAUAGAAAGCACUGAAUCAAUCACCAUUUAACAGAGAAAUUGUUUAGGACAGAAGAUAAAAUACAUUUUUUGAAUAUCAGCAUUUAACAUCUUUCUCGGAUCUAACUUAUCUUUAAAGCAAUUCUAUAUGCUCAGUAUAUUUUUUUCUCUUACUUUAUAUUAACAUUGUAACCAAUAAGAACAAAAAGAUGAUGUUCAAAUGACUAAUUUGAUUAAUGUUUAAUGCUUUAACCAAACUAACAUCUUAAAACAUUGAAUAAAUAACAGAUUAUUUUGCAAUUUUUUAUGUAAUGCGUUAUUUAACGGCUACUUUUUGUCGUCAAAUUCACAGUUGAUAUGUCAUAAAUGUAGGGUUUCACUUGAGUGAGACGCCAUAUUGAAGACUUUUAAUAAAAAAACGAAACUAAACCUACAUUCAAAAGACCAUGUAAAUGAAAUAUCUUCCAAACACGAUAGGUGCAUGUAACGAACAAAUUGUAAAUUGUGAAAAUUUUCCACCAUAUGUCGUCAUUUUGUGAUGAAUAUUUACUCUUCGACGCCUCUAAAACUGCAUUUGCAACCAUCAAAUUUUUCAACUGGCGGAAACAACUCAUGCACACAAUACAAAUAAACAUUCAAGAUUAUUUACUAACAGACAUUAAGUUUCUGUUGUUAUUUAUUUUAAUGCCAUUAAAUACAUUAUGAAUAAAUGAUCUCUCCUUGAAAUCAGUAGUUUGUGUUGUCUUAUUCAAAGCUCAUUUGUUUUCUUUCUGUUACAAACAUAUUUAUAUUAUGGUAGUGUCUGGAAGUUGUGUAUCAUUUAUUGUAUACACAUAGUAUCUUUAUUGUUUGUCACAUAGAUUAGGACCUAUGAAUUUUCGCUGGUAUUGUCAUAUUUACAAAUAAACUGUUUGAAAAACUA